AUGGCUAUGCGCAACGUUGGUGUGAAGACUAGCCAAAUCAUGGACUAUAUGGUAAAUCAAUCCGAGUCUUAUGAGAAUGUUGGUUUCAUCCGUACGGAUCUGCACAACCAUAUUCAAGCCGAACGUAGAGCGGAAGUUGAGGAUGAUUUGAAAUCGCGGGCCGACUACGCAAAGUUUGGUGAUGUGUUGAUAUUUGACGUAACUUACCGAACCAAUGCAUACAAGAAACGUUUUGUCAUGUUGGCUGGUGUGACUAGCCACUUUAGGACCACGAUAUUUACAUGUGUUUUGCUAGCUAAUGAGAUAAUUGAUACAUACACAUGGGUUUUGGAAACAUUUAUGGAGGCGAUGGGCAAUAAAGCACCUGUGUCCAUACUGACAGAUGGGGAUAAGGCGAUGCCAGAGGCAAUCAGAAGAGUAUUUCCAGACGUAAGACAUCGAUUAUGUAAUUGGCAUCUUGGGAAAAAUACUGUUUCAAAUGUUCACGAAAGUGGCUUUGCAUAUGCUUUCAAGCAGUGCAUGGACAUGGAAACGGAUAAGACAAAGUUUGAGCAUGGCUGGACGACAAUGGUCAAAAAAUUUGGACUUCAAACCAACAGUUGGGUGUUGGAGACAUAUGAGAAGCGUCAUAUGUGGGCUGAGGCAUAUAUGCGUGGACAUUUCUUUGUUAGGAUAAAGAGCACUCAGCGCUCGGAGAGUAUGAAUGCUUAUUUCAAUCCCUUUCUUUAA